AUGGAACCUCAUCAACGCGCAGAGCUUGCCGACGCUGUUCAAACUUUUUCCCAUGAGGAUAUUGGCCGACUCUAUCGUGCGCUUCUUUGCUUGCAAGAAGAUCAGACUGAGUUGACUCCGACCAACGUUGCGAAAGAAUACAUCAAAGCAUGCUUCGAAGACGGCCAUCCUACCAGUCCAACCGAUCCAUGUAUCCGAUGGCUUCUUUUCCUCUUCCACAGUGACCCCGAAACACCUCUCAACGAAAAGUUCCUUGAUAUCUUACAAGAGGCCAACAUCGUCUUAACGACCGACACAACUGAGACUGAACACGAGAUAGAACACGAUGGAUCUAGUGUCGAGUCUGUGGAUGAAGAUGAUCCUCGUUGGCGUCAGGCAGUCGCGUUGGACAAUCAAAAACUCGCGUCGCAGGCACUUUCUCUAUGGCGGGACACGAUCCAACAAAAACAAGAGGAAGCACGCUUGAGACAGGAGUACUAUGAAGAAGCACAGCGACAAAGACUGCACCGCAUCGCUGAGGAGGACGUCCCUCCAGUACAAGGAUACCAGGACCUAGACAUUGAACACCAGGAGGCACUUGCGGACGAAUUCGCGCGUUGUCAUCUCGCCACCAAAGUGAUCAACCAUUGGAGAGCCGUGACUGAAGAAGUGAAACGGAUGGAACGAGUAGCAGACGAGUUCAGGAGGCGGAAAGACGCCAGAUGGGCGCUCAAGAAGUGGAUUCUGGCAGCACGGGAAAAUCUCUUUGUUCGUGUGCGAAAUGAAAGAGCGGCUGAAAGAGCAUUACAAACUUGGCGCGUCAAGACUGCACAAAUCAAAGAGAUGGAGGCAGUCGCUGAUGAGUUCCGCACUUUUAGUGCAGCCAAGAACACAUUCGGGAAACUGGUGGCCAGAAAGAAGCAGAUUGACGAACUGGAGGCAAAGGCUGUUGUCAUCUACCAGGGCAACCUAGUCCGCAAGGUUCUCAACAAAUGGCUUGCACAAGUGGAACACAUCCGACACCAAGAACGCAGAGCGGAUGCAGCAGCAGAUUACUUCGCUGCAAAACAUGUGAUGCAGAAAUUGCGUGCAAGAGCUGCGAUCAAGCUGGAGCAGAAGAAGAACGAACAGGCUCGCCAAAAAUACCUGAUGCAAAAAUACGCCUACUUGUGGCGGGAUGCGGUGGAGAGGACCAAACGCGCCGAAGAAGAGGCCAAACAAGUUCAGUAUGACUCAGCCUACAAGCAUAUGAGGAGGAAGGUGAAGGAGAACAUUGCGCGUUCGGCUCUAACAACAUGGCGUGAGCAAACAGCGAAAAUUCAAGGGCUGGAGAGAGUGGCCGAUGAUUUCCGUGCACGCAAAGUCGCUGAAGGUGCAAGACGCAUGGCUCAUCAUGCCAUCGUCACGAUGUACAACAGAACCAUGGAACUUCGGCAAAUGGAAGAGCAGGCUGACCUCCAUUACCACAAGAACCUCAUCAAACGCCUCGAAAUCUUCGGCUCGAACUGGCUCAUCCCUGCAAGACACUACGUGGAGCAGCAGAACGUUGCUGACGAAUACCGAGCCACCAGGAUCGCAGGCUACUCUCUGAACGUCCUGCGAAACUGGAGGAACAACGCCUUCAGGAUCAGAAGGAUGGAAGAGGAUGCAGACAUGUUGCAUCAGCGACAUGAUAGGAGAAGGGCGUUGGGCUUCCUGGAGAAGUGGAGACGAGCUGUGACUGACAAAGAUGAAGUCGACAGUCGUGAGGAGCGUUUGGUGCCGGCGACGCCCGCGGCUCGAAGGAGCCAGUUGCUUGCGGCGUCCACAACGCCAGCAUACACGCCGGCACCUGGUCUCUUUGGCAGCGGCCGUGUGGUCGAGGAAGUCGACGAAGAAUGA